AAUCCAAAUAUUUCACACUUGAAAUUUCCUCCUCCUCCUUCAUUUUCACAAACACAUACCUUUUCUCACAAAAACACACACACACACAAAUCAAUUAAAAUGUUGUCUUCAAAGGCCACAUGUAACUCACAUGGUCAAGAUUCAUCCUAUUUCCUUGGAUGGGAGGAAUAUGAGAAGAAUCCUUAUGACCCGAUUACCAAUCCUAAUGGUAUUAUACAAAUGGGCCUAGCCGAGAAUCAGCUCUCCUUCGACCUUCUUGAAUCAUGGCUCAACAAGAAUCCUAACUCGGCUGGUUUCACUACCCAGAAUCAUUCCAUUUUUAAAGAACUUGCUCUUUUCCAAGAUUACCAUGGUCUUCCUGCUUUCAAAAAAGCAUUAGCCGAGUUCAUGUCGGAGAUUAGAGAAAACAAAGUAAUUUUCGAUCCAAACAACCUCGUACUGACUGCCGGAGCAACCUCAGCCAAUGAAACUCUAAUGUUUUGCCUAGCAGACCCUGGGGAUGCUUUCCUCCUUCCCACACCCUAUUAUCCGGGGUUCGAUAGAGACCUCAAGUGGCGAACCGGUGCUGAGAUAGUACCGAUUCAUUGCUCGAGCUCAAAUGGUUUUCGAAUCACCGAAGCAGCCCUAGAAGAUGCAUACCAACAAGCACAAAAACAAAACCUUAAAGUGAAAGGUGUUUUAGUCACAAACCCUUCAAAUCCAUUAGGAACCUCACUAAGCAUCCAUGAACUCGAACUUCUCGUUAACUUUAUAUCCUCAAAAACCAUCCAUCUCAUUAGUGAUGAAAUCUAUUCUGGCACGGUUUUUAGCUCUCCCGGAUUCGUUAGCAUUAUGGAGGUCUUAAAGAACAAGAGUCUAAUGAAUACGGAUAUCGGGAAGAGGGUUCACAUUGUUUAUAGUCUCUCAAAAGAUCUCGGGCUACCAGGCUUUCGAAUUGGGGCUAUUUACUCCAAUGAUAACCUUGUGGUCUCAGCUGCGACAAAAAUGUCGAGUUUUGGAUUAAUAUCAUCCCAAACUCAACACUUACUAUCAGAAAUCCUCUCUGAUAAAAACUUCACAAGAAACUAUCUAACGGAGAAUCGUAAAAGACUAAAACAUAGACAUGAAAUCCUCGAAAAGGCCUUACUAAAAACCGGGAUUAGAUGUCUAAAGAGUAAUGCCGGUUUAUUUAGUUGGGUUGAUAUGAGAGGUCUUUUGAGUUCACAAACUUUUGAAGGUGAAAUGGAGCUAUGGAAGAAGAUUGUGUAUGAUGUCGGGCUCAACAUAUCGCCCGGUUCAUCGUGCCAUUGUAGCGAACCGGGUUGGUUUAGGGUUUGCUUUGCCAACAUGUCCAAAGAAACCUUAUUGCUGGCCAUGCAACGUUUGCAUUCGUUUGUAGACUCAAUAAUGGCCAAGAAAAACAAUCACAUUCGCAGCGGCCGGUUGAUAAAUGGAAAUAAUCCAAGAAAAACAAAGUCACUCCCCAAGUGGGUUUUUUCGCUGUCUUUUCCAACCACAAGGUCGGGGAAGAACAGUAGUAGGUAAUCUAGCUAGAGAGACGAUCGAUCGAUUCAAGACUAGAAGAAACUAAGCGUGUGCGCGCAUCCAUUUGUAAUUGGAUUUUUUUACUUAUGAGGGGUUAUUUCAUGAGUUUCUUGAUUUUUUUUUUUCCUUAUGAGGGGUUAUUUCAUGUGCAGAGAAUUGCAUUUAACGUACGUUUAUGCAUUUAUCAA